AUGAAUCCGAACAAGCCGAGUAAGUGGCGUCGGGUGAAGCCGCUGGCCAGAACUUCGGCGACUGAAAGCUGCGAAUCGUCGCCGCUGAGUCGCUCGCCGGCCGACAGUGCUCCUCCGUCUCCUCUAAUGUACGUUUGGAAAUUUGGAACUUUCUUUUUCGUGGAAUCAAACUCGGAAAAUGAACCGACAAGAGAGGGGGAAGAAUUUUUUAUACUUGAACGCUGUUGUUGAACCGGGCUUUCAAUGAAUCAAAUGCAGAAAUCAGAUUUCUAAAGAAAUAACUUGUUCCUUCAGUUUUUUGACAUUCUCGACUUUAUGAAUAUAAAUAAAUGUGAGUUUUUUGAAUUUAACAUUAAAUAACUAUGCCGAGACAUGUUCAAACUGUCAUCAAUUUCUACCGGCUUAAAAGGCGAUAUGAGGCCGUAUGCAAGGAAGAGGUGAAUAAGAUCACCCGAAAAUGGUAAAUGACUUAAACUUGCUCUUAAGUAGUCUAAUUAAGGUUUUUCGAUUCAGGAAUAGUUUUAAAAAGUAAUUUUAAUUUCAAAAGUUUUCAAAUUUCCACUUAGAGGCUCGAAAGUUUGCUCUUUUCCAUCAAGUUGGCAGGUCCUUUUUCGAAGUUUUAGGAUAUUCUGAGCCAAAAGACAACGAUAGAGCGAACUUUGAAAGCUCGACAAACUGGUAUUGAAGAACAAUAGGAUAAUAAGCCAAGAGAAUGCCACUGAGAAGAUUUUUUGCAAACUUUUAAAACGGGAAUUAUUGAUACGAGUGACCCUUUGCAGUAAAAAAAUAUUGGUCUCUGACGCCAAAGUCUUCUUUUACUCCGGAAUUUCAUCACUACUAUUGGAAAAGAGCAUUCACAUUAGACCAUUAUUUGGCUACACUGUGAAAUAAUUGUCUGGAAAAUGAGUUCUGUUUUUGAAGACCGUCGAGUUCGCCGAACGCCUCGCAAUGCGGCUCCACUUCUUGCACGCGCAGCAACUCGACAAGAUCCAACAGACCGCCGAAUCUCCUUCGAGAGAUUAUUCAUGUUAGUUUCAUUCAUCUAUUUGGGGAAAAACUCUUUUGGAGAGUAUUAAAAAUGAGUUUGGACGGAAAAAUUCUUUUUCUUCAUUCCUAUGCACUUAAAUUCCCAAUCAGAGACUGCAAUUUAGUUUGAUUUUUCAAAGUUCUGAUGGGUCCCAUUCAAAAGUUUUUAGCGACUGCGAUGUUAUAAUUACCACAUUAUUCGAAGAUAUACCUGUUUGAAAUUUCUUCGUGAAAAAAACAAGUAAAGUAGAAUAUUAUAUUUAAAAGCUUAUGUUGAGAAGAAGUUGUGAAAAAAACCGCUUUAAAAACUUUUCUGGUUUCCAAGAUUUUUGUUUUUGAAACUUCACUAUCACAACAUUUUUUUCUAUUUUUGUGAAAAAAAAAUCAUGGCUUUUUUUAUUAUGAAAUAGUUUAUUUUUUUCGUUUUUUUGAAAGAAAUUUGUUUGUUACAUUUGGAAAGGAAAGAAAUCCAGAGUGUCUUUUUCCAAAACUUUAUAAUUUUUUUAAGGUUCAUAACGAGAGUUAGACGAAGUUAAUUAAAUACUCAUAAUUAUCAGUUAAAAAAAUAAAAUAAAUUAAAGCUUUGAACGAAAAACAGAGUUUAAAUAGACAUAAUAUUGAAAUAAGGUCGAACUCGCGAAUUUGAUGCUUGAUUGAACUUUACGCAAACUCAAGACUAACCUUUUAUGAAACCCUCACGUGAGAAAAAAAAAGGGAAAAAGUCUCUUUUCUCUCGAAAGCUCAAGGUUCGCCCCAAUUGCUGCUGAAAUGGGCGUGUUACCUUCUUUAUUAGCAAUAAACCUCGAUGAAAAGCCAUUUUGUGGUUUUUCCCCAUUCAUGAGAAAGCAGAAAAGGGUUCGAGUUGAAAAGAAAAGGGGCAAAAACCUUUGGACGCUUGUUGAAAAACUCUGAAGUUGUUCAUAGGAAGGCUUGAAAAAAAAAAGCGAAAAUGAACUUCAUUGACAACAGCUCAUUGAAUUUUUGUUACUACUUCUGUAAUGAACUUGAUAGUCAUUAAAUUUUCAGUCAACGUGGUAACUUUUGAAGCGGGAUUUUAUGCGAUUUUUCCUCACUCAUUGUUUUUUUCAGCGUCACAAUGAUGAUUUUCUUUUUAAAUUAAAUCAAAAUAUUUCAUUUCUCACACACAAGACUAAGUUGAAGGUAUAAAGGUAGGAUAAUUUAGAACAUACGAGACUGGAGAAUGUUCUUUUGAAAUGAAGCUAUCCCAAAAAGGGACAAAGUUACAAAAUAAGCGGUCAGUCUUUGUCAUUGGAUACUUUUCAGUUUAUUAAUUUUCCAUUUCUAACAAAAAUUUAUCAAACUCGAGUUCAUAGACGGCAGCUUUGGCAGAAAAUCUGCACAAAUGUUGAGCAUUAAGCGAUUUUUAGGCGAUAUAUUGAAAAGAAGUUGGAGAUCCGAAAGCUUAAAAAUAAAUGUUGCUUUCAGAUGAACUCUCAAAAGACAAAGUAAGGCAUUUUUUUUCUCAUUAAGAUAGGCCGGACUAAGUUGACAGAGGGACAAGUGUCACGGAAAGGAAAGGCUUCGGAAUGGGUAUAUUGCCUGCGGUGGUUGCAGCCAUGUUGACUUUUCCUUCGAUUCUUUCUCGUGUGGGCCGUUGCCUUCACGGCUCCGCCUAUCUUUUCCAUUUCUGGUCGCUACUGAGCGGUUUUUUAAAGUCUCAUUUCACUAAAGUAAGACGUUGGUACCUCUGACGGCGACGUUGGCUUAAGGGAGAAAAGAGGACACUCUAAUUGACGGAUUAUCAGGCAAGAAAUCUUUCGAGCUUGUUCGUCAUUUGCGCCGCCCAUUUCUCAGCAGUCGCAUCUUUGCACAAAAAGCUCUUCCUUCACCUCAUUACUAUUCUCAACGGACAGGUUAACGUCACCUGA